GAAAUUGAAGAGGCAAUGAUUGUCCUUGUCUUCUUGGGAAUACCGCUCUUAUCUCAUUGCGAUACUAUUUUACCUAAAGAGAGCGGAGGAGAUUAUCCUGAUGCCAACGAGGUUAUGAAGAAACUACCUGAAACGUACAUGCUUCAGUCACUAUUAAAUUUUGCUAAUUUAACCUGUGGUUAUCAAAAGUUCUACAAUCGGACAAAACGAAACAAAACUUUCGGAAUGUAUGCUUUUUUUCACCUCUACAUGGACGGCCAUUUCCAUUAUCAACCGUACUAUGUGAAAAUCGUGACCAACUACACAGUUCAUAUGGGCACCCAUCGAAAAAAAUCAUAUCCACCAACGACUGCACGCGAGGUAUUAUUUUCCAAUAUGGAGUCGUGCAUGGUAAUAAAGAACCCCAGAUAUACUAAAGCCUGUAACCUGAUGGUGAACAGAGAGGGCUUUAUGGAUCCUCCAAUAAGAUGCCUGAGAAAAUUCGAAGAGCACUGCAAAGGUCCGGUGUUCAACUAUACGAUUGAUGACUGCCCUUACCCGAAGAGCGAGUUGUAA